GAGCUCUUCGUGCAGUACCUGGCCACCUACUCCUACAAGCACGGCCGAGGCAAGGAGAAAGGCGCGCUCACCUACAGCGACCUGUCCCACACGGCCGAGGAGUGCGAGACCUUCCAGUUCCUCGCAGAUAUCUUGCCAAAGAAGAUCCUAGCUAGCAAAUAUCUAAAAAUGCUCGAAAAAGAGAAGCGAGAUGGGGAAGUGGGGGAAGACGAAGAUGAGGAGGAUGAUGAUGAUGAAGAUGAAAGCGUUGGCGAGGAUGCCGGAUCCUAA